AUGGGCAUCCCGCGCAUCCCCCUGUUCCGCAUCUGGUACUCGUCAACGUAUACAAUCCUCGUCAUCAUCCUACUGCUCCUCCUCGCCAUAUCACCCGCCGACACCAUCUACCAGUCGAUCAAGACGCGUGAACUCCAGAAGAUGUUCGUUGUUGGCGGCGCAUAUCUGCUGACGGGGCUGAUCAUUCUGCUGGUCUACUCGACUCGCAUCUACACAAACCGCACGGUGCUUGGUGCGAUUCCAAAGGCAUAUGUUCCUGUUGAGGAUGGGGAGGUGGGGAGGCUGGUCAGGAAGAUGAUUGUGGGGCAGUUGCGGAGGAGCGCCAUCGUAGCGUGGGAUUCGCGACCGAGGGAUAUCAGGGAGGACACAGAAGAAGGAUGGAGCAGGCCAGCGACGGCAGAGAAGGACAGGCACAGGAAGAAGACCAGUCUCGACGCGACGCUCCUCACCGUGUCCGCCGCCUCGCCGCCUUGGGGCCACGUCUCCCACCCAGGCUGGGCAUCCCCGUGCUCCCCUGACCUGCCCAAUCUCCAGUACUGGAGUGUCAUCUGCGAGCUCCCCAACCUCAUCGAAGCAAAAGCCGUCUCCCUCGCGCCGCCCGACCCCACCCUCGAAGACACAUCCCACCUCUACCCCGGAGACACGCCCCUCCUGCCAGACGCGCAGAUCGUAACGCUCCUCCAACGCCCACGCACAAUGGGCCUCCGCUCCUACCUCGCGCGCCUCGCCAGCUUCGGGCUCCUAAACCCACCAACCCUAGGCCCCACCUUCCUCGCCCAAUACGAAUACGCGCGCUUCUCGACCGACCCUCUCACCGAACCGCAAUUCCGCGCCACCAUGUCCGUAUUCGCCGAGAUCCUCAACGGCAUGACCAUGCUCGACCCGCUCGUCAUCGAAGAAGCGCGCGCCCGCGACGACUUCCCCCUCGACGCCGACGACCGCAGUCUCGCGCCCACGGAAUCAACAACGAGCAGCAGUAGCAGUAGCACAAGCAGCGCACACAUGCCCUACCGCACGCCGCAGCUCUCGCGCCAACGCACACACAGCCUCACAGACACAAUGCACACCCCGCACACAGCCCGCGGCACCAGCAUCCGCAACCGCAGCUCCGGCAUCUACGCCACGCCGCGCACCUCGUCGGGGGACUCCACCUCGUUGUCGGAUUCCAGCAGCGCUGAUGACGCGGGUAGUGUUGUCGUGCGGUCGCAGCGCCCCAGGCCCGCGAGUGUGGUCAGACCGGGGUCUAGCACUGAGUCGCUGGGAAGCGUUAUUCGCCUGCAUCCUAAUCCUAGCCUCGGGGAGUUGCCGUAUAUGUAUCAGUUUCAGGGGCGGGCUGGGUAUUCGGGGGAGGCGGGGUGA